AACCGGACAUUUUUGCAAGUUGGAGUGUAAAUUAUUUCCAUUACAACGGAACGAGUCUGUUCGCUAACUGCGAAUUUAAAAAAACCUACGUCGGAUAUCUGCGUAUGACAUGUACUGCAAAUGGUUGGACGACUAUUGAAGAAUGUCAGGAAUACAGUUAUCCGCUUAAUAUUCAGGAAAUAAGACUUGUUGACGGAAAUAGCACCUUUGACGGCAGAGUUGAGAUCAAAGUGUUCAACACGUGGGGAACAAUAUGCGAUGACGCCUUUGGAAUGGAGGACGCCAACGUUAUUUGCAAAAUGAUAGGCUUUUAUCCUGCUAAAGGAUUCCGCACAUCAUCCAUUGAGGGAACGGGACCUGUUUAUGUCGAUGACAUGGCAUGUGAUGCCAACAGUUCUCACAUCAAUGAAUGCCGGUAUGUAACUUACGACGAUUGUGAUCAUAGCGAGGACGUAGCCGUUACAUGUACAGCAAAGUGCGAUAACCCAACGCUACAGUGGGGUAUGGUCAACGACACUUCAACAAAUGUGGGAUCUUCAAUAAGCGUCGCAUGUGAACGUGGUCGAAUACUUGUCGGUGACUCAGAAAUAGUUUGCAAAGAAGACGGAAAUUGGACAAGCACACCAUUCUGUCGUUUAAUAGAUUGUGGAGAUCCAACGCCAGAUAAUGGCGAAAUUAUGGGGACGUCAUAUUACCUCGAUGACGUCGUCUCUGUGUCGUGUGAUACCGGUUAUAUUUUAUCCGGCGACGCCGUCAUAACAUGCCAGAAUAACAGUUAUUGGACUGAUGAUCCAACCUGUACUAUUGUUGACUGUAACGCCCUGACCAUCGCCAAUAUGACGAUUGACAUCGGUAACACAACCACCUACGGACAGAUAGCAGUUGUAAAGUGUAAAUAUGAGUUUAGUCCACGCGGAUCAUGGGCGGUGAAAUGUGAAGCUAGCGGCGUUUGGAAUUACACGCACGUUCCGGAUUGCAAACUGAUUGAUUGUGGAUCAUCUGCACCACCCUAUGGAAGGGUCAACGACACCACAUCGACUAUCGGAACUGUGGUUGGCGUGGAAUGUGACUAUGGUCGACAUCUGGUUGGUGAUGCGGUGUUAGUUUGUCAACAGAAUGGACAUUGGUCUGGUUCGCCUAUUUGCUCUUUGAUAGAGUGUGAUGAUCCGACACCAAAUAAUGGCUUCACUAACGGGACGUCACACUACCUCGAUGACAUUCUAUCAGUAUCGUGUGUAACUGGAUUUGUGUUGUAUGGCCAUUCCGCCAUACGAUGUCAGAACAACAGCCAUUGGACGGACUACCCAAACUGCACGAUAGUUGAUUGUGGCGUCCUACACAUUUCCGCAAUGAGUGCUAACAUCGGUAAUGCAACUACAUAUGGACAGAUAGCAGAUGUCAGAUGCCAUCCAGAUUUCACACCACUGGGUUCCUGGACCGUGAAAUGUGAGGCCAGCGGCAUUUGGAAUUACUCACACGUUCCGCAAUGUGAACUCAUUGAUUGUGGAGACCCAACGCCUUCAAAGGGUCUGGUGAAUUCAUCAAAAACAACAGUCAAUACAGUAGUGCGCGUUUCGUGUGAAUACGGUUAUACGCUGUCAGGAGAGUCAGUCAUCACAUGUCUUAGAAACGGCACGUGGUCCGGGAAAUCCAUAUGCGACCCUUCCGAUUGCGGGCGACCAGCCAUAUCGAAUGCAGACGUGGUGACAAAUUCAACGACCCUGUAUUCCAAGGCAUUUAUCACUUGUAACGAAGGAUUCGAAAUACAAGGACCAAGUAUAAUCACCUGCACUAAAACUGGAUGGAAUGAUACUGUUAGAUGUUCACCAAUUGUAUGUGAAGAGAUGGAAGUUGAAAAUGGUAGUGUGAUCGGCGCAGGAAGAGAGUAUGGAGCUGUUAUUGAAGUGAAAUGUCAUACUGGAUAUAUUAUUCGGGGAGACAACAAACUGACUUGCCAAGGAAAAGGUCAAUGGAGCGAUAGUCCAGCAUGCGUCAUUCAAAAUUGUGGAAUCGUGACCGUACCAACCAAUGGUAUCAUAUUAACAAGUCCCGUGGUAACAACGUUUAAUUCAUCCUUGCGAUUUCAGUGUAAUGAUGGUUAUCAUCUGACCGGAACUGACGUUCUGUGGUGUGACGCAAACGGCAAAUGGGACAGUUCAGUCCCGACGUGCGUUCGCAAGUACUGUGAUAACCCAACCCCAACAAACGGCGCCGUUAAUGGGACAUCCUUUUACUUCAGUGACGUGGUUUCAGUAUCGUGUGAUAAUGGCUACUUAUUGUCCGGCGAACCUUUCAUUAAAUGUCAGAAUAACAGUAAAUGGACAUCUUAUCCGACAUGUAAUGUCGUUGUGUGUGAGCGCAUUGACUUAGAAAAAGGCAACGUGACCGGCACAGAUGCACACUUCGGGUCAAUAAUCGAGGUGAAGUGUGAUAUUGGAUAUGAUCUCCGUGGUGACAGUAGACUAGUAUGUCAAGCCGAUGGUCAAUGGAGUGGUAAUCCAACAUGCAUCAGUAAAGAUUGUGGGAAUGUUACUAUGCCAAACAACAUGAAGAUCGUAACUAGUCCUAUAGUUACAACGUUUAAUUCCUCACUGCGAUUUCAAUGUCAAGAAGAGUAUCUACUGACCGGAAAUGACGUCCUUUGGUGUUCCGCAAUGGGCACGUGGAACAGUUCUGUCCCGACAUGUAUCCAGAAAUCGGACAUUGGUGGACCAUGUGCUGAUGCUAGAAUGUGCAGGACACAUAGCGCUAUUUGUGAAGACAAAAAGUGUUCGUGCAUGUCUGGAGUGGAAGACAGAAGAACACGGAAAUGUGAUAUAAUGCCAUUGCUUCCAUUUGGAGAAGAAAAUGGAGAUGUGAUUAUGGAACAACAUGAUUGCAGUGAAUCCAUUGUUUUCACACAUUCGAUACCAGUUUUCAACAACAUGAGACGUUCAAUGCAUGUUUGCAGAUGUGGACUGGUAAGUUUUGAUAAGAAAUAUUCCAAUAAUAAACCUGUACCGGUGGGUAAAGGAAAAGUAGACAUCAUUGAACCGACAAUUGAUAUCAAGGACCCGGUUGUAGCAGCAUAUUUUGCAGAUAUUUUUGUUGACAACUCCUCAUCAAUUACAUACAGGACAUACGAUAUUCUUAACAACUAUCCAUUCUCAACCAAGGCGACGGAAGAUAUUGCAAUCCUUGAAAGUUUAAUCAAACGGUUGGAAAAUCUUUCUUCGUUUGAGGCAAGUUUCCUUUUGAUUGCAACAUGGAAUCGUGUGAAAGCAAAGGCGUCUUCACUAAAUCGUAAUCACCCAGCAACGUUCCAACUGGCUAUCGUUUCAAAUGGUGUACGGACUUAUUCCUUAACAAUAUACGGACAUGAAUUGAUGAACUGGGCUUUAACGUCGAGAGAUAAAACAAUUCCUGUAUGGAUCGGUCACGCCGGAGAGAAUGGUACCACAUUCAACCACUUGUUCUCUUUCAAACCGCCGGCACUUCGGAUGGAUUUGGGUUGUAAAUCAGGAGGAAUUAGUGGACUCUGUUUGAAUAACAUUGAUGAAAACAUCUCCCGUAUUAAGCCACCAUGGUGUUGA